CUUUAAAGAAUAAGACAUAGGGGUGUGUGUACCUGGGACGAUCAACCACUUACAUAUGCUAGAUUUCUGUAAUUUAAGGGAAGUUAUACUGUGAUUUUGGAAGGCACUGACGUACACUCCCUUGACCAGAUGUGUUAAGACAGAAAAAAGACGACCACGGAUUCUCUGUGAUUGAAAACAGGGCAAUUUAAGUGAUUUGCCCGGUAUACCGUCACAGUGACUGAUUGACGGUAGGAAUAUCACGGAACAAGGAGGUUAUGACUAACAUAUUACAAAGAUGGCACUGUACCACAUGUUAGCUCUGGCUGCCUUCAUGGUGGCAGCACCCCCCGGCCGACAUCAGGGACUAGCUUCCGUGCAAGAGACUUACAUUGAGUGGGAUUACAUUAUCUGUCUGGAGGACAUCAUGUUGAGGGAAUAUUCUCGUCAAGAUUACGUCCCUUAUAACGAGGAAGUGCUGGAGUACGCCUGUAUCGAGAAGCUGCUGUACCCACGGGCACAGAAACCUGUCCUCACCACGACCCAGCAGAACUGGCUGAAUCAGCUGUUAGAGAAGACCAGGACAGACAUCACCCAGGCGGGGACAAGACCCAUCCGGAUCAGGAAGGAGUACAGGAUGCUGAGUGCCACGGAAAGAACAGCAUUCCAUAACGCUGUCAACCAACUGAAAAAUGACGCGGGAAAAUAUAAUGCCUUGGCGAGCCUUCAUGUUGGGUCGACCUCCGGAAGUGCUCACAGAGGUCCCGCCUUCUUCACCUGGCACAGGAUUUACCUACUCUUGUUUGAAAACGCCUUGAGGGAGUACAAUCAAAAUGUUGUGUUGCCAUAUUGGGAUUCCAGCCUGGAUGAGCCUCUGGAAAACCCUAAAUCGUCUAUAUUGUGGACGAGUGGUUACCUUGGUAACGGAGACGGUCUGGUAACGUCGGGUCCGUUCGCAGGAUGGACCAGUAACGGUGUUCCACUCAUCCGAAACAUCCAGGAAAGCGGUCGUUUGCUGAAAAUUAGUGAUAUCGAAAAUGUUCUGUCAAACCGGCGCUUGGGUGAAAUCUCAUUUCCCAACGCGGAAUUAGAGGACAAUCUCGAGCUGCAUUCGUUUGGAGUUCAGCUCUGGGUGGGCGGUGACAUGGCCCGGCUGUCGACGGCAGCUAACGAUCCUGUGUACUUCCUGCUCCACGCGCACACGGACUGUGUUUGGGAGAAGUUCCGGCAGAAUCAGACGGAUCCGCAAACAGACUGGCCCUGGCGCUACGAGGGUAACGGUAAUCAUUCCGCCAACGCGUUCCUCGGUCUCAUCGACAACUACCGAAGCGCCGACGUUCUGACGGUGGAUUUCACGGGUAUAUACCAGUGUGAGGAGAUCCCGGUUUGUCUUACAAACAGCGAUUGUUUGUCCUCAAAUCUACGAUGUGACGCGAAUUCAGGCACGUGUAUCACACAGACGGUGGGAACCCCUCUUGGGGAGGAGCAGUCAUGUGAAGGCACUGUCGGUUACCAGAACAACUACUGUCUGGACGGGAACGACUGUAAUGUGGCUAACUGGGUGUAUCUGCCCAUAGAGAUCGUUUACAAUCGCCCACCAGACUACGGUACCUACAACUCCCGACCUUUGCUCACACCCACCUGGGUGUUCAGUCAGGACAUUUACUCACCGUUGCGCUUCAAUCGCUCUUAUCCUUACCGCGUGGUGAUGAGGCAACGGCCCAAUAACCCUGUUUACAGGGACUGUAAAUGCCGCGGUUCGGACUAUGGUCGUGCCUACAUCCAGUCAUACGGUCUAAGUUAUCAGGGCUCUUACCGGGAGUAUGUGCCUGUCGAUCGCCGACUUCCCGUCAGCUCUGUAGUAGGUUACGUGGCGGUGAAGGCACCCGUGGGUGGAGCUUCCCGCGUCUUGGUGCGGGUAUACGACGACUGUGGGCGGAUCUGUACGGCCGUUUGUCCGCCGGAGUAUGCUAACUGCUCUGGGGUGAUGCAGGUCGAUCAGACAGGUACCAAGGGGUACGGAGAGGAUCUAGAGAACGCCCUGUACAUUACGUGGGAUUUUGAAUCAAGCGUUCCAAAGACAAGAGAUAAUUUUGACUUAAAAUUUUACUGCACGUUUCAUGGUGACUGGCCUUUCGGUGCCAUGGGUUAUAUACCCGAUCCCAACGUUGACAAGCCUGUUCGUACAGAUGGUCCUGGUGAGAAGCCCUUGACAACAACAACAACCACUAUCCGAACAACACCAACAACAACCACUACAACAACAACCCCUACGACAACGGUGCUUAUUGAGCCAAACACCUGUUUCAUAUCGGCGGAGUGUUACAUAAAUUACGAACCGACCGGAUGUAUCCGCUGUCAGAUGGGAGACUACUCGCCGUGCCUGGAUAUAAAGGAACAGUUUCGUCAGUGUGGUCUGGGGGACGUCUGGCACAUCCACACUUGUCCUGCCGGACUGGUCUGGGACCAGCAGACUUUAGUGUGUAAUUACGAAUACUGGAUGGAGCUCCGCAAGUACUUUAGCAGAUUCAGUUUUCGUAGAUGAGUCCUCAUUUCUGAAAUGCCUGUAUAGAUACGUGUAAAAGCAAAAAUUAAAUGCGUUAUUUUUGUGACUUGUAUAUUUUCUCUAGUGUAUUUAAGCCUCAGUGAAUUUUUAUGUGUGUGUGUAGAGACAGUGUAAUAAGUGCUGUAGAUAGGGGCCUCUAGGCAGGAUGACACACCCCAAUACGCAACGACUUGUGUACCUAUGCUAAAACAUUGUAACUCUUGUAACAGUUACAAAACUCAGCCAAUUUCUCGCUCUUCAAGUAAAACGAAAGUUUUAGGCAGCUGAAACAAUUCAAUUGAACUGAAAUGUUAACCAGCAGUGUUAUAGCAUAAGGCAUAACUCGCUAUGAGCACCGUUUCUCUGUUUCCCCUUUUGACCCGCUCUGUGCAAGUAUGGGUUAUUGUGCAUCAGCAGCCCCUAAUUCACUUGUUCACUGAUUGGACUGGGUCUCAAGCUCCGGAUUUCGCAUGAUAAGGAAUCCAGUUGUAUAUGCCUGUGUCCAAUGCAUUCAAGGAUAACGCGAAGCCGCAGACCUCCGGAUCGGAACUUCCCGUACCUUCACAUGGUUUUGUACAUGACAGCCACUCGUAGUGAACGGCGGAGAGAAAUCUUGAGCAAGAAAGACGCAGGAAAUGACGAUAAACACUCUUUUUCAGCCAUUUGUAUUAGUUUGCACAUAUAUAUUUGUUCCCGUUAUUCAGAAUAUGCAACGCCUAUUUGUAAAUUCUAUGUAUUUUGAACCGACAGGCAAUGUUUAAUAGAUUCGCAAAAUGAAGAUAAUCCUUGAUACCGGUUAACCACACCAAGAGUUUACACGGGUAGUUUAAGAUUGAAAAUGAGAACAUAGUGACGAUGGACUACUGUAAUAAUGGGAGUCUGGUGUAAUAAGAGAUUAUUCUAGUAACGAAGCACUAUUGCAGUGACUUCAUAGUGACGAGAGACCGCUUCUGUAAAUAACAUUUAUUUAUUGUUUUGAUUGUUGUUUAUGCUGUACUGAAAGAGCAUUUCACUUAUACAACGACGGCCAGUAUUAUGGCGGCAGAAAAAGCUAACCACGCGGCCCUGGCCUUAUUGGAGUUACCUGGUGUAGGAUACCAUAGUGACAAGAUGCUAGUGUAGUAACGAGGUACUAGUGUAAUGACUCCUGUAGUGAGGAGAGACUAUUAUAGCGACGAUUACUGCAGUGACGAGGCAAUGCUGUUGUGGGUCGAAGCUAAUACAAUGCUGAGGCACUAUUAUAAUGAAUAGAGAGUAGCCUACUCCAGGCACAGGAGAUAGACUGGCCAUAAACUAAUUCACUACGGUCUCAGGACAGGGAGGGAAUGUGAGUUUACAAGAUCAACUACUUUGUAUGAUGGUACUGAUGUAAAACUUUAAUGAACAGACCACAAAAUUCAGAGAGAAGAAAAGCGAGCAGCACUAUGUAAAUGAACAAUGUCUUAUGUUAUUGUAAAGUUAUACAACGCGAAACACUCUCAACCUGUCCAUUAAAGGUAAUGCCAUAGUGUAUAGUUGUGUAUGUAGGCCCGCUCUGUUAGGUCAGGUUGUCACCCACAUAUCUGGGCAUUAUCCCCAGCUCGCACUGAGGUCGAUGGUGAGGGUAGACGCAGUUCUGCGAGCGCAUAUCAAAACUGGUGCCACCUGUGCAGUCCAUGAUUGUCCAGUAACCCUGGGAGCACUGUAAGAAACGAUCACACGUUCCCGGGCAAGGUACGAGGUCGUUAUUCACGCACAUCUUACAAUCCACUUCCUUCUUACCCUUGUAGCACAUGUCUGGGAUAAAGCAGGCUGUAAAAAAAAAGUACAAAUGCAAAUUGUGUUAAACGAAGUGAAUUUCCUGAGUUCCAUGUAUCAAUAAGUCUGAGUGAAAAGUAGAUGACAUGUAUGAAACCAGACAAAGGUUAAGGUCUGACCCCUAGGAACCAAUGUAUAUGUGCAUACAUGUAAGUAUGUAUGUACGUAUGUAUGUAUGUAUGCCUGGGGUACUACGUCGUACUUAACAAUUUUUAGUCAUAUGGUGUGUCAUAAGGUGUGUGUAUAUUUAUUGUGUCUUUUUGUGACAGGGCAAGUCUAUGGCGCAAAAGUGCUUCCUCCAUGCCAGAGACACCAUACUUGACAACCCACCCUGUAACA